GGUAGGGUUAUAAAGGGUUACGCAUCCGUUUACCACUUAACCCUCAGUGUCCUGCCCGGAUAGUCAGUCAGCGGGGUGGGCUUGUGGUAUAGUCUACUCCUCACUGCUCCUUUUAUGUACCCCAGAGGGCAGACGGUCCUUGGCGUGUGUGAGAGGGAACCACGUCAGAGGCUGACAUUCCUGAGAAAGGAGGAUGCAUUAAAAACGCAUAGAAUAAAGCCUUUGAAAAGGAAAGAAAGUUGUUGAUGAGAUAAAGUGCUUCCACUGCCGGCAGUGGGGGCACUGGGUCUGUAGCCAUGCAAUCUCCCACGCAGAGUCCGCUUCUGUAGCUACUGCAAGCCCUAGGUGUCCUCUGAUCUGCCCUCGUCCUGCUUAGACGGUCAGCCUUAUUCUUUUCCUGUUGACUGGAGUCCUGUGCAAAUUAGUUGUCAGAGUGGCAGCUCCAGCCUGCUGCCCGAUAUUUAUACAUGGGAGCACCUCCUGGCAGAAGUGCAGGAACUGUGUCGGUUUACACAUCCGCCAAAUAAGGACGUAAAUCUCAGUCCAAUAAGAACCUCGUCAGUUACCAAUUAAAUCAAGGCAUGGUGGUUUUUUUUCUUUUUAAAGCAUAGUCCCAGUACUAUAUUUACUAAAAACCUUAGGCACUAUGAAAAAAGUCAGUAUUUGGAAUCUUACACUGCUUGGCUAAGUUAACACUAAAUAUAGACCAGCAGUUUCAUGCUGGGGUUUAUGGGCCUUAUAGGAGCACCGUGUGCUGAAGGGAGGCAAAGAAAGAGCUACAGAAUUUCUAGAAGGUCAUUAUAGUUGCUUCUGAAUAACUUGUUUUUCCUGGUAACCUAGCAGUCAAAGCUCACAUUUUUGGACAAUGAAUCCUUCCCAGGACACCGGCUCUGGCGGCAUUCCUGAAGAUAGAAAGCUUUAUGUUGUGGAUUCCAUAAAUGACUUAAACAAACUAAACCUCUGUCCUGCCGGAUCGCAGCGUCUGUUCCCUCUAGAGGAGAAAAUCCCGGACAUCGCCACUAACUCAGGAAAUGGAAACCACAGUCUGUUUUUGGUGGGGCUGAUCAUCAUGCUGAUUGUCAGCCUGGCACUGGUUUCCUUCGUGAUAUUUCUGAUAGUUCAAACUGGCAACAAGAUGGAAGAUGUGUCAAGAAGACUAGCAGCUGAGGGAAAGGACAUAGAUGAUCUUAAGAAAAUCAACAGCAUCAUUGUAAAGCGACUCAACCAACUGGACUCUGAACAGAGCUAAAGGAAUGAGCUUCCAAGAGCAACUGCUAACACCUGAGCGUCUCGCUGUCCUGGGAGGGUACAGGGUUAAGAACCGACCAAGGGCAUAUCUGCAGGCAACAAAAGGCCAACUUUCCACUACAGGGAUGGGAGCAGCUCCAAGGCAAGGGGGGCUGAGGACAGCCACCAGAAGGGGGCUGAUUUUGUGGUAGGGUCCUUCAGCUUUCAUGGGGUUAAUGGUGGCUGGCAUGGAAGAGAACCAACAGGAAACAAGAACGGGAAUUUGGCUCUGUGUGUACAGCUUCUUUUACGAAAGGAACUUUGGCACCAGAAUAAGUUCACUGUGGCCAGUAAAUUUCAUGACACCUCAUGUAACUUUAUGAACUCCCUGGAAAGCCUAAGGAAUUCAUUGAAUUAUUUGUGUUCAAGGGAAUCAGGUGAUAACUCUUUUCAAUAAAAUAGAUUCUGCUCAGGUGAUUA